AUCGAAUCCAACCGAAGCUUAGGAAUUCAGAGCAAACUAUCUCGUCGGUUAAGAUGUCUUCAGUAAAAGCUCGUACCUUUUUUGUACUUUCCAUUGCUGCAGUGAUGAUGGUAGCCUUUGUCGGUAACUCCGCAGCUAAUCCACAGCUAGAUAUUCUGGGCGGCUAUGACAUGCUGGGCGUAUGCAUCAACAAUUGCGCCCAGUGUAAGAAAAUGUUCGGUGAAUUCUUUGAAGGGCGACUGUGCGCUGAAUCCUGUAUCCAGUUCAAGGGUAAAAUGAUUCCGGACUGCGAAGACAUCAACUCGAUUGCUCCCUUCUUGCACAAGUUGAACUAAGGCAAACGGUCAAAAUGCACUACCCACGUUAUACCCAAUUAUAAAUAUUUUUUAUUAAAAAGUAUAGGUUCAAGUUGAAAUUUAUAGCAAAAAUAUUGGCAUUAAUUAAGAUUAUUGAAAAAUCAUACAUAAAAAUAUAAAAUAAAAAUCAAUA